UGGAGUCUACAGAUUCCCAAGUCCGAAAAAGGAGAAGCAGCAGCCACAAUCUUAAAGGCCCCAUCAAAAUCUCAAAAUACCCACAUCGUCCCUCGUUCUUGUUUGUGUCCAGUGUCGACCACGCGUCUUGCAGCACUUACCAGCUCUUCACCAGUGUACAACAGGGAGCAAUGGAUUUUUUGUUCAAGGGGUUCAAUGAAGACACAUCUGAUUGUCAAUUCGAUGAGAAGAACGUUCAGAGAUGCCCUUUUUUGCGAAACAUCAACAAGCCAACUAAUUUCUCAUUUUUUUCUGUGAAUUUUCCCAGUCCUGUGAGGGGAGCCAAAGGUCCAAUAUUUGAAGAUGGUCCAAAUUUUGAUAUGGCAUUUAAACUAUUUCAUGGGAAAGAUGGGGUGGUUCCACUGAACAGGUCUAAUUUCCGUAAUGACAUUUCGGAACCUGACUCAACACCCCAAUUCAACCCUUUAGCAGCAAAAGCUGCCACUAUUAGUUUAUCUGCAUUUGGCCCAGGUGGACCAUUUGGCUUUGGUUCCUUCAAUGAUAAGUGGAAGAAUCAAAAGAAGAAAUCUGAUUCCACCAACAAAAGUGAUCCAUCUUCUCAGAAAGGAAACACCUCAAAGCACGAGGCACUGGGAAAUGAAUGGUUAGAAACAGGGAACUGUCCAAUUGCUAAAUCUUAUAGAGCUGUUAGUGGUGUACUCCCUCUUGUGGCAUCGUCUCUUCAACUGCCUCCUGGCAUGAAGCUUAGAUGUCCACCUGCUGUAGUUGCUGCACGGGCUGCCCUUGCACGGACAGCCCUGGUUAAAACCUUGCGUCCUCAGCCACUACCCGAGAAGAUGCUUGUCAUUGCUCUCUUGGGCAUGGCAGUAAAUGUGCCCUUGGGCGUGUGGAAGGAACAUACUAAGAAGUUUUCACUAUCAUGGUUUGCAGCAGUGCAUGCAGCCGUGCCCUUCAUAGCUAUGCUUAGGAAGUCUGUUGUGAUGCCCAAAACUGCUAUGGCUCUGACCAUUGGAGCUUCUAUCCUGGGGCAAGUUAUUGGUUCUAGAGCUGAGAGGCACCGACUCAAAGCGGUAGCUGAGAGGAAUAGCAUAGCAGCAGAGACAGCAAUUGCUGCUGCAGUGGCAGCCACGGGGUAUAGCACGACGCAGGUUAGUUGCAGUGCAGGUGGUCAAUGUGGUAAAGAAGGGAUGACAUGGGAUCCACUCUAUAUCAAGGCUGCUGGACCCACUUCCUCAUCAAAUAACGUGUGUUGCUAAUAUCACAGGCUGCAACUAGAGGGUGAAAUAGAACUUACAUCCAUUAUCAAUAGCUGGUGAUUGUAAAAUAUCUGCAGUUCAUCGUAUCCUUAUGACUCUAUUCCUCAUACUUUCAUGAACUGUUGUGUUAAAGAUGACACCAAACUCAGUUCUCGUGCAGAACGCUUUAUGUUUAUGAAAUAAAUAUGUUUGUAUUUCAUGAAA